ACGAGCAGCGCGCAAAGGCAGCCCGGGGUGCACGGGCGGCGCCGCUCUUCGGGUCUCCUUCUCCCACACACACAGUCUGAUCCGGUGACUUCCAAGGAAACGGAGCGCUGGUGGCGCACGGUCCGUGCGUAACAGCGCUGGGAGCAGACUGGAAGGGCAGUAAAGGAGAUCUAAUCUCCACCUUAGCUUGUCACCACUACUGGAAUGGGGGAGAAAUGCAAAGUGCUGAUCUCGUCGGGCUUGCGGUGACGUGGAUGUAAGGUGGACUGACUGCUCAAGCUGGAAAAGUUCCUGGUGGAAACGCGGUGGGAUUCUGUGCUGCUUUUCUCGACGGCGACACUCGGGAGCGCUUCUUUCCAGCGCACGCUGGGGCAAAUUCCGUCCGCCACCCUACACACCAGGAUUUUUCAGUUCCACCGCUACUUUUGCCUAAAAGAGUCGAUCUUGAUGUUACUUUUGAAAGGAAAUUCUGUUUGAGAGGCUAGCCACCAGUUCAAGACUAACCCCGGUGGGUUGUAAGACUGACUUCACUCCGCUAUCUUACCGCACAAGAAGGUAAUGAGGACUCGCAGUUGAACAUGGAGGUUUUCUGGAUUUUAUUAUUUUCUAUCGUCCAUCGCUACACGCAAGGACAGGGAGUUUACGCUCCUGCGAAUGCCCAGAUAGUGCACUCUGGCCAGGCCUGUGUGGUGAAGGAGGACAACAUCAGUGAAGGGAUAUACACCAUCCGUGAGGGAGACACACUCAGGCUGCAGUGCCUGGUCAAGGGACAUCCACGACCCCAGGUGCGGUGGACCAAGACGGCAGGCAGUGCCUCGGACAAGUUCCAGGACAUGCCCAUCUUCAACGAGACCUUGAGGAUCACCAACAUCCAGAGAGUGCAGGGUGGCCGGUACUACUGCAAGGCAGAGAAUGGGGUCGGGGUGGCUGCUAUCAAGUCCAUCCGGGUAGAUGUGCAGUACCUGGACACGCCCGUUCUGACAGUGCACCAAACCAUCAGUGACGUGCGGGGGAAUUACUACCAGGAGAAGACGGUUUUCCUGCGCUGCACGGUCAACUCCAACCCGCCCGCUCGCUUUAUCUGGAAACGCGCAAACACGCCCAUCGAACAAAGUAAAGACAACGGCGUGGACAUCUAUGAGCCUUUAUACACACAGGGUGAGACUAAGGUGUUAAAGCUGAAGAACCUGCGUCCUCAGGACUUUGCUGACUACACCUGUCAGGUGUCCGUUCGCAACGUCUGUGACAUACCUGACACCUCCGUCACCUUCAGCCUAACUAAUGCCACCACACCCCCUGCCCUGAAGCUGUCGGUGAACGAGACGUACGUGGUGGACCCCGGGCAGGACGUGACCCUGUCGUGCGAGGUGACGGCCGGCUACCCCCCGCCCACUGUGUCCUGGACACGCUACCCCGGGCCCCUGCCGCAGCGCUCCCUGAUCGAUAACGGGACUCUGACGCUCACGUCGGUCAUGCCGGAGGACUCGGGCUUCUACAACUGCACCGCCGUCAACAAUGUGGGCAACCCUGCGAGGAGGAACGUCAACCUCGUGGUUAGAACGAUGAAGAACCUGACGUUCCAGAUCACUCCGGACUCCAACAAGGACAGCGAGACCAUCCAGAUAGGUCGCGACCUCAAGCUGUCGUGUCACGCGGACGCGCAGCCCCAGGACAAGGUCAACUACGCGUGGUACAAGAACGGCGCUCCCGUCGUCCCGUCAGACAGCCUCAUCGUGCUGCGCAGCGACCCCGACAUGCCCCCUUCUACCAGCAGCCUGGAGAUCAUCGACAUGAAGUUCCGAGACCAGGCCACCUACAGCUGCCUGGCCAACUUCCCCGGGAGCAGUGUUCCAGAACUCCGGGUGGACGUUAACAUCACACAAAGCAGCGUUGUUCCUCCGGUCCUGAGCGUGCCGGCCGGCUGGGCCGUGGUCAACGCCACCGAGGGCGGGACGGCCGAGCUUGUGUGCCUGGCGGAAGGCAAGCCCCGCCCACCCGUGCUCUGGUCCCGCGUCAACAAAGACCUGCCCAUGCCUUCCGGCGACUGGACAGUGGAGACGCGGGACGGCCGGCUGCGGCUCACCAACGUGACGCGGGACGUGAUGGGGGCGUACCGCUGCCAGACCGCCCCCUACAACGGGCUCAACAUUAAACGCAGAACAGCACAGGUGCAGCUCAACGUGGAAUACCCUCCCGUGGUGGAUCCGCUUUUCAAGGAAGUCCGCUCCGCCAACUACAAGUCGGUCGUCCUGCGCUGUGCCAUCCAAAAGUCCAAUCCCAACCGGGUGGUAAGCGCGGACUGGUUCCUGAACGGCGUUCCCAUCCAGAGUCCUCCUGUGGAGCCUCAGGAGUCUCCCCAACUCCGGUUCGUGCUGGACCCCAACAACAACGGCACGUAUGACUGCCAAGUCAGCAACGGGGUGGGCUCCUCCACCUGUACCUUCUUUGUCACAGCCCGACCCUACAACGUGGAGUUUUACUUCGACACUCCGAACCCUAUUCGCAUUCUGAAGGGGAGUAACUAUUCCUACAACCUGCAGUGGACACAGAAAGAGCCAGACGCUGGGGACAAGAUCAUAGGCUACUGGCUCAAUGUCCAACAGGUGGGGCUACUUAAAACAAAGAGGGGUAUGAAGGUGCUGUCUAAACAGAUCACCACCCGUGACCCAGUGAAAGGUGUCCUCAUGUCCUACACCAUAAUGGACCUGCGUGUCCCUCUGUCCUACCACGUGGGUCUCAUGCCCAUCACGACCUUUGGCACCGGCGACAACAUCAUCCGUACUAUUCAUUACAGCGAACCUUUCAAUUCUCCAAGACCUUCAGAAUAUGUGUGUGGAUUUGAGGACCCAGGAAUAUGUGGCUUCUCUCAGGACCAGACGGAUGUGUUUGACUGGACCAGACAGAACCAUCUGAGCCAGAACCCCAAGCGGUCCGUCAACACUGGUCCUGAUACAGACAAUAGUGGGACGAAAGAGGGUUAUUACAUGUACAUAGAGACUUCACGACCACGGCUGAGAGGAGACAAGGCCCGCCUCUUGUCUCCAGUGUACAACGCAACGGCAGUGAAGGGUCCGUCUGGCUUCAACAGACCACCGUACUGCGUUUCCUUCUUCUACCAUAUGAACGGCAAGCACAUCGGGACUCUGAACGUGCUGAUAAGGGUCAAAGGUAUCGCCACUGUCAACAGCCUAGUGUGGACACUCUCCGGACACCAGGGUCCCGUGUGGACGAAAGCCAGCGUCGUCGUGUACCCGGGAGGGCCGUUUCAGGUGGUGUUCGAGGGUAUCCGCGGUGAUGGCUAUGAGGGAGACAUCGCUAUUGACGACGUCUCGGUCACCAAGGGGAAGUGCAAACAAGACAAGCAAUCUGAAACAGAUGUGCUUCCUGGAUCAGCCUGGAGCCUUCACCCUGCAGCCCGGAGUGGUGUUCUCCUCAGCUCUUUGUGCCUAUGCGGGCUGUUUCUCACAAGAUGAUGGCCGACGCUCUCGAAAUUCCCCCGUCACGCCGCCUGCCUCCUGCGGCACUAACCAGCACUGCCCAGACGCGCCCCCACCACCCCGCUCUCACAGUUUCAGUUUCUUUUUAUCUCUGCCUCUUCAUAUUUCACCCCGUUAUCUCUGGCCACCCUGCCCCCGCACGGACCUUUUAUCAUUCUCAGCACUGCAUCUGCCCCCGUUCCCCCCACACGGACCUUUGUUUCUAUCAUUGUCUUCUGUUCAAAUUUAACCUCCUGGAAACUAUUUGUGUGGCUUCUGUGACCUGCGAAAAUGGCACCUUAACCGAAACCUUUUCCUCCGAACAUUCCUCUAAACCCAGCCAUGAUUAAUAUUUGCAGCACAUCAGUAUAUUUCUAGGUUUGUUGCCUUCUGCCCCUUCCGCAACCCUCUCGCCCCCCUUACUAUGUUGCUGACACGCCAAAGUGUCAACUAUGCUACCAAAGAUGAAGGCGGAGCUUUGAACAAAGAAAAGGUGCGGAGCCUCCAAAAGCAACCCGUCUCUCCCUGCGGACUGACGCUGCACAAAAUGUGAAUUCCUGCAAUGGCUGAGCUGAGUGCCAGGCCGAAAGUGUCGAGAAAAGCCAGGACGGACGAGAUGGAUGAGCAAGACGGGGUGCCCCUCGGGCUGAGUCACGGCCAGCAGUGAGCGAUUUUGACAAACCACGUGGAAUCGAGUCUGUACAUUUACAUGUAUAUGAUAACUAGCAUAAACAUCAACAACAGAACACAGAUGGACAGCAACUUUUUGAACUGUUAUUGAGUCGAACUAAAGAAGCACAAAUUUAUAUGCUUUUUUGUAAUAAUUUUGGUUUCCCUGUGUAGUGUUUUGUUCAUCUACAAAUUUGCUGUAUGCCUUGUCAUUUGGCUUUGUGAGAAACAAGGAUUCCUGUCUUGCUGCUAAUAUAUCAAUUUAGUGGAGUGGUGCUUGGAUUUUGUAUCAGUGGGUAGUCAGUGAAGUCAGCCAUGCCUACCCUUUUCCCAUCGGCUCCUGGAUCUGUACGCGAUCGCAGAUCUGUAUGCACCGGAUCUGAUCGAACAGUGAGAACGACUGUCCAUCUUGCCCAGGUCUUGAACCACAUGGCACUUCAGAUGAGUUUCAGUGUGUAUAUCAGCACUGGCAGGUUUCUAAUUAAAGGACAUUGGAAUUGACAUACCUCCUUUUCAAAAAUGGAGGGGCAUGAAAUCCAUAAAGACUCGGAGCUGGACGACUGAAGUUCGUUGCGGAGGAGGUAAGGUCUGUGCCCUUUGAGACUGAGCUGAUCUGCUGAUCCUCUGGCGUGGAGGCAGUCUGUGGACACAAGUUUUAAAAGUGUACCCAAGCUCUCAUAGGGGGGGCCAAUAAUGAAUGUCACGUACAGAAUUCACACGUCAUCAGCUGUGGGGUGUACGUCUUAAAAAUCAAGUGGACCACACUGAGUGGACUGAGUGGAAAAAGAAGAAGUGCAUAUUUUUUGGCACAAGUUGACCAAGCAAAACACCAUCUUUCAGUUAAAUGUUCUCAAGAAGUAAUAACAAGCACCAACUUUUCAUUUAAAGCAAUAUGGUAUAAUAUUGAUUUAAAGCAUUCGUCACAGUUUAGCACACACUUAGUCAUCAACAAAGUUUAUAGUUUGAGCAAACUGUAUCAUAAGCUUAUUCAGACAACAUCUCACUGUUUCAGACCAUGAGCAAUGUGAGCCAUUUCUUCUGAAAUGUCUAAAUGUUAGGACCAAGCUCCCAGAGGGUAUAUCAGGGCUCUCUCUUAGGUCCCCUGUGGAAUAGAUGGUGUUUAUCACAUGAUCCAUCUAAAUACCAUAAACACUGACUUUUGCAGAGUGUAAGGAGCACAAACACGUGUGCCUCUGUUGGAGUAUCCGCAUCAUGUGUGGACUGGUCAUUUUAAAGCUAGAUAUUAUCACGCAAAUUUGCUUUGACCCAGUAUUGCAGACAUCCUCUGUUGUCCUCAUCCAACAUGCAAUGUUUUAACCCCCCAGGGCUCUCUCGUGAGACUUUGACCCCUGAGACUUUGACCCAUCCUUGACCCCUGCUUGUAAAAUUCGCUUGCACACAUUUAACCACUUCAUAUUUAUCUUAUGAUGCAAUAUAGCUUGUGUCUGCUGCCAUCGGCGAUCAGUGUUGACUUGUAUCCCAGGUCAUAGCGUAGGUCCAUAGCAGGAGCCGAGCUCUCUGAACUACCCCGUUGCCGGUGGUCCCAUGGGCUGGACACGCCUCUGUCUUCAGCCUUGUCAAAGCUGUGUGUUAAUGUCAUUGCUAACUCUGCAUUUGCAGUCUCUACAGCACAUGUAAUCACCAUUUAUCAUAAUCAAAGUUAAGACACCAAAAGACUUCCAGAACGCAAUAGUUGAAUUAAGGAGAGGAAACACAGUGACAUGUGCCACUGAACUAAAUGUAAUAUUAGUUCAUUCAUGUCACAACUAAAUACUGUAUUUGUUCUCUUAUUAUAUUCAUUUCUACAUUCACUUUUCAUGUCAAUAUCACCUAUUAGUGUUCUUUUUUUUUUUUUUUACAUAUCUUGCAUCUUAUGAACAGUGCAAACAACAUACCUGUACCCAGUGACAUCCAGACAUUAACACCCAUUUGAACUAUAACAGUAGGUGCUAACACUGGUGAUAAAGUAAGAUGAACUGUUUACCCAUGUUCACACUUGUUCGCCCGUGUUUGCCCGUGUUCACCCAUGCUCACCUGUGUUCGCCUGUGCUCACCUGUGUUCGCCUGUGCAUGUACAGGUAAAGUGAUAAAUGUAUAAAUCCUGUUGAUCCUAAAAUAUCUUACAUACAGCAUAGUUAGGCAAAUUCAUACCAUAUAUCUGUUCAUUAAUGCACUAUUGUGAUACGUUUCUAUGUGAACAGAGAGUCACUGCACAAUGUAUGCCCCCAAGGAUAUGUAGUGUCUCUGGAAUUUGUCUCAAUGCCUGCGUGUGUGUGAGGGAGAAAGAGAGAGAGAGAGAGUGAUGGGGUAGCCAUCCUACUGAUGAAUUAAAAUAAUGGUUAUGAGAACGUCUGUGACCCAGAGUUGUAGAAGUGUGAGUGAGCUAGUGGGUGGGGAUGGUGUGUGUAGUGAGACAGUAUCUCAUACCCUUGGUGUGCUCAGCUAAUGGCAUUAACCUCGUGUUCUGCUCUAUUCUCCAUAACACUCCAGACCCCCCCCCCACCCCAUCCUGGUCUCCGCCCCCGUGCUACUGAAGCCUGUCUCAUUGCUAUAGUAGUGCAAGCCGAGGUCAGUUACUCUGCUUUGUCAGAUGAAUGGACACUCAUUUGCCCCAAAUGGCCAUUAGAUGAACUAUGGAAAACAAGCCAGGGUAUGAAAAUGAAUGAAACCUUGUUCUUAUCACCACAUCCCAGCCCCACCUCACCUGCGCGCACACACACACACGCACGCACGCACGCACACACACACACACACACACACGCGCACGCACGUGCAGUCCAUGGCCAACAGCCUUCAAAUGACGUGAUGAUCACAUUUAUUUCAGCUUUGGCGUCUCAGACACAGUCAUGAGUGAUACAACACCAACUGAUGUAAGCCUGGUUUCCCAAGAGCAUGACAGUAUCAGGACAGGUGCCCAAACCGAUGGUAGCCAUGUUACUUAACAACAGAAUCCCUUCUUUUGACGCAGUUGUAAAGCUCACCAUGCAUGUGACAUGCACUCUGUGAUUUUAGUCUCUCACGUCAAUCGUCUUGUUUGAUCACCGAUUAUGACGUAAAUUAAUUUUGGGGCAUUUUGCCUGGAGCCUGCUUGCUCCGCGAACUCUGGCAUUCUGACUGUUGUGAUCAUUCAUGCCGUCAGCCGUGACUGAUUCUACAUGUUAAACGGGCUUGUACUUUCAAUAAAGGACUUUCUGUGAACAAUAAAUCAGUCCUACUUCAGAAAAUCUGUUGCAUGACAUCAGUACCAACGCACGUCCCUGUUUGGAAGGUAAAUUCUCAGAAACGAAACAUAUCUCUUCAUUAGAACGCGAUACCUGGCUUAGUAGUUUUUGCUUUCAUCGCAUUUUGGCGAAGAGGUUUUUCUUGCAAGUGCCCUGUCUGCAGCAGUCAUAGGUUGUUAUCGUAGAGCAGGAAUUAAAAUUACCUGCAAGUGAAACACGCUAAAACACGUUUUAAAUUAACACCCAAAGGUCAGCCUUUCUCUCUUCUGUCUCGGUGUGGCGUGGCACUGCACGUACGGUUCGCGGCGCUGGCAGACAGGGUUCAUUACGUGGCUGUAGUGCACUGCUGGAGAAGUGAGUCGUGAUCCCUUGUCCUCGUCGGCCCAGAGCAGAUCAGUGGAAUCUUUUGGUCUUUCCCUUAAACCCGUGCGAAGGGGAACCAUGAGCACUGAGGCCGAUCCAUGUCACCUUAAAUUAAUUUGGUCAGGCUGUGUGUUGUGUGCAAAGACUACAGAGAGGAUUGAUUGAUGUUCUUUGAUGUUCUUUGAUGUUUGAUUUGUUUGUUUCAUUCGUUUUGUUUGUUUUCUUUUUUUGUGCCCCCCCACAAUGUACCGGUGCACAAGUCAGAAGAAAAGCUUGUGGUGCUGGAUGUUAUAUAUUCUCUGUCAUGUAAUGAAAUAUUUUAGAGGAAAAGUAUAUUUGAAA